AUGAAAUUCCUAAAGCUGUCAUCGGCCGAGUCCUGGAAGUUACGGUAUCACGGUUACGGUAGUUACGGUGACGAUUACAAGUACGUAGUUGUGGAAGUGUACCCAGCACGUUCCGAGAAGGACUUUUACGCAGGUUACGAUCCGUGGGUAGGAAUAGGAACGGCCAUCGUACUUGCGUUAUUCUUUUUCGUCAUAACCGUAAAGUCUUGUGUACAUUAUGUGGUACGGAAAUGGAGGAUGCAUCAGUUCUACAAGCAGACACGGUUUGUCGAACAGCCAGUCGAUGACGAGCACCCGAACGCCGAAACAGCUUGA